AUGAAAGGACACGGAGGCGGAAGCUCCCACAAGGGACACGGAGGCUACGGAGGCUCCCACCACGACCAGGGAGGCUACAAGGGCCACCAGGGAUACCACGCCGACAAGGGCCACAAGGGCAGCCACUACGGCGACCACGGCAAGGCGCACUACAGUGGUUACCAUGGCGACCAUGGCAAGCUCUACAAGGGACACGACGACAAGCACAAGUACUACGGCGACGCCCACAGCGGCAAGAAGGGAGGGAAGGGUCACCACUACGGCUCCAAGGGUCACCACAACAAAGGUCACAAGGACAAGGAUGGCGCCUUCCCCAGAGACUUUUACUUUGCAGGAACAGCCGUUGCCCCGAACGGAUGCCCUUCUUGCCAUCGGACCGUGGCAGGACUCGAACCCGCUCGCCUGAGAUCCUCCCAGUCCCCAUCUGUGGCUUUACGAUCACCAGUUUAUUUCAUUAAAAUACCUGUGGUAAAAUCGAACAGUGGAGCGACCUUCCGAGCCAGCGUGGAUCUCUAUAUGCCAGAGAGGGAUAGACAACUCGGCUUCAAGAACGUGUACCACAAGGAGGAGUACGGCCACACCAAGAAGUUCUACGACGACAGCGAUAACAAGAAGUACCACAACAACUACGACGACCUCGAUACCUACUUCAAGGCACACAAGGGCAGCGACUACAAGGGAGGCCACUACAAGAACGAGUGGCGGUUGCAAUCCCUUUCGAAUUAUUUUCGUGUUGAAUAA